AGAGUCAGGGUGUCGCCUCUCCAGCUUUACCUCGUCGGUCGGGAUUCGGUUGCUAGGAGCGACGUCAUUCCUUAUCGCCCGACGGAUUAUCUCUUUGCAAAUAACAUCCGGCGAAAAUUAUUGUGCAGUGCGAAACAUUAGAAGGAAAUUGUAUAAUCAUGAGUCAAAUCACUUGCAAAUAUAAUAUAUUUAUAAAUAUUAUAUGAAAGGAAAGAUUUAAAUUAAAGAAAAUGCCCCAUUUGCAAUAAGGACAACAAAAAAAUCCCGAUAAAGCACACUUUGUUUAAAAGUAAUGAAAUAAUGCAAUAACAGAUGCAUUUAUUCCACUCCUUCAAACUGAUUGCAGUCUAAUUUACUGCGUUGAUUUGGGAGCCGGCGGUUAGAAUGAACUCAGCCGCAGAGGACUCGACAAGAUCGGUGCAGCAACUUCAGGACUUUCUCGGAGAUUUGUUGAUCCUGGGAUCACUCCAGGGUUUCCGAUACUUCCAGCCUUGGCUACGUGGCCGCGAGGAACUGCUGCUGUCUGUGGUAAACAAGGAUCUCAGCUGGAAAAUAGCUCGUGGUGCCAGGGUCCCCAUCACCUCUCCCACCGAGAGCCAUGGAUUCGGACUGACGCCGCCGGGUGACCCCUCUCCGCUGAUGCCCCUGCGGUUGCAGAAGAGGACCUCUGGAAAUGGACAGGGGGAUGUGGGUCUCCCCCCAGCCUCACCCUGUGAUCAUGAGGUAGUCGUCCCCGGCCCAGACUGCACCCUCUUCCUGCUGACCGGGUACACCACAUACCAGCAGCCGUUGGUCUGGCUCCGCUCUCACCACCCACACCUGCUCAGGUCUGCAGCCGGCGAUGGGGCUGACAAUGACAUCCCGCUACGGCUGGAGUCCACUGCUGGCUGGCAUCGAAAUGCUGUGCAGAUCUGGGAGAUAGUGUCCGAGCUGGUGUCCCUCUGCACGUGGCCUCCUCCCUCUAACCCGUUCACCCUGGACUUGCGCCACUUGGAGUCGCUUCCUCUGACUGAGAGGUUCCUCGCUACAGGUGCCCUGACCAGCUUUCUACAGAAACUCGUGAUACAUGGAGAUUGGGAGCAGCCGUACCAUAGCAAAGUGCUGGAGGACCUGGAGACUCUAAACAGGCUUCACGUCAAGGCCCUGCUCGAGAUGCGGAGGCUGAGGGAGAGCGAAGAGGAGGCAGGAGGCGAACAGGAGAAAGGCGUUGCCUUACCCUGCAGCGAGUGAGCGGACAACGGCCCUCCGGCAGGAGUCGAAGGAGGGAGCGAUAGGAACAUAAGAAAUAAAGACCUGCUUUAUUUGUCACAUGUAUAUUGAAGCAUACAGUGAAAUGAGUUAUUGGCAUCAACAACCGACACGGUCUGAUGAUGUGCUGGGGCAGCCAGUAAGUGUUUCCAACCAACAUAGCUGCCCACAACUUACUAACCCUACCAUAUGAACUCCCUUCCAAUAGCAGCAGGAAUUAAACCCCAACUGGUGGCACUACAAAGCAUUAUGUAAACACUGCACGACCGUGUCACGUGGCCAGUCCGACCUGCUUCGCCAUUCAAUAAGAUCAUGGCUGAUCUGUCCGUGGACUCAGCUCUACCCACCUGCCUGUUCCCCAGAACCCUGAAUUACCCUGCUUUGCAAAAAUCUAUCUCACUUUGUCUUAAAAUAUUUGAUCAGUUUGCCUCUACUGCUAUCUGGGCAAAGAAUUCCACAGGUACAUUUCUUUCUAGGAAAAGCAGUUUCUCCUCAUGUCUAUUCCCCCAAAUCUUGAGGCUUUGUCCCCUGAUUCUAGUCUCACCAGUUGAAACCGCUUUCCUGCCUCUGUCUUAUCUAAACCUUUCGUAGUUUAAUGUUUCUAUCCCCUCUCAGGUGACUCAGUAUCUCCUCACAGGCGAUCCCCGUGUGUGGGUGGGUGCUCGGGGACCAAAAGCUUGGACGCAGAAGUCUGGAGGAAAAAGCUGAAGGUUGAAGUCCGAAGCUCAGAGGGUGUGGAGAUAAAGAGGCCGAAGGUUGAGUCUGCGAGUUUGGGCCAGGGACUGUAGGUUGAAGGCCCGAUAUCUGAGAGACCGGGACCGAGACCUAGAGGUGGCCUGUCCUAGGGUUAGACCAUAAGACAUAGAAGCAGAAUUAGGCCAUUCAGCCCAUUGAGCUUGUUCCACCAUUCCAUCACGGCUGACUUAUUCUCCCUCUCAACCCCAUUCUUCUGCCUGUAACCUUUGAUGCUGUGGCUAAUCAAGAACCUAUCAACCCCCACUUUAAAUCUACCCAGUGACUUGGCCGCCCCAGUUGUCUGUGGCAAUGAAUUUCACAGAUUCACCACCAUCUGGCUAAAGGAAUUCCUCCUCAUCUCUGUGGCUGUGCUCCUUCACCCUAGACUUCCCCACUAUAGGAAAUUUUGAAAUUUGAUAGGAUUCAGUGAGAUCCUCCCUUAUGCGGGUUGGAGGUCGGACUGUGUGUGGGGUGGGUGGGAGAGCAGUUUGUUCCGCUGCUUGUCCUGUUCUGCCGAAUGUUAAGAGUAUGCUAUGUUGGUUCCAGAAUGUGUGGUGACACUUGAGAGCUGACCUCAGCUCAUCCCGGGGUUGUGUUGGAUGUUAACGCAUUUCACUGUAUGUGACAGAUAAAUCCAAAUCUGAAUGUAAAUAUGGUCAAAGGGUGAGAACAGCAGUGGGCAGUCGCCAGUUCUGCCCGUGCCAGUGGCCUGCCUCUCUUCCAGGGUCACAGCAACACCCAUGGGUGUUCCCUGGAGAAGGAGCACAUGGCACAAUGGGGGAUUUCCGGAGGCUUGAGUGCAUUCUGUAUGGCAGUGAGCGUGUCAGGUUUUGAAAACGUAUCUUAUGAAGUACUGCACCGUUGUGUUCCUGUGCUACGGUAAGCACUGAAUAAAUAGAUACAAGGGAUCUGUGUGCUUGGUAACCUUCAGAACUGUCAGUGUAUUGGAUAAGCUGCAAACUGGAAUGAGACAGGGAAGGAGGAUAAGUGAGUGAUUUAUGGAGGAGUAAAGGAAGAAAAAGAAAAUUGAAAAGGUAGGGAGAAAGAGGAGAGGAGGAGGUAAGAGUGAAGCAAAGAGGGGCAGUGAGAAGGGAGAACUGCACUGUGUGUGAGCCAGUGAGGGGGGCACUGCGCUGCGCGUGGGCCAGUGAGGAGGGGGCACCUCGCUGCGCGUGGGCCAGUGAGGAGGGGGCACCGUGCUGCGCGUGGGCCAGUGAGGAGGGGACACCGUGCUGCGCGUGGGCCAGUGAGGAGGGGGUACUGCACUGUGUGAGAGCCAGUGAGGAGGGGGCACUGCACUGUGUGAGAGCCAGUGAGGAGGGGGUACUGCACUGUAUCUGGGCCAGUGAGAAGGGAGCACUGCAUUGUGUGUGGGCCG